AUGAAGCACUCCGCCAAUUUCGUUGCCAUGGCUGCUGCGCUGGCACGCGUCGCUGAUGCGCACUACAUCUUCAGCAAGCUUGUUCUGAACGGUGUUGCUUCCGAUGACUGGCAGUACAUUCGCCAGACGACCAGAACCGAGAACUACAUGCCGACCAAGUUCACCAACACCUAUGACAACCUCACUCCCAGUGACAGCGAUUUCCGCUGCAACCUGGGAUCUUUCAGCAAUGCUGCCAACACUGAGGUUGCCGAUGUUGCGGCGGGUGACACCAUUGCCAUGAAGCUCUUCUACGAUGGUAGCAUUGCGCACCCUGGACCCGGUCAAGUUUACAUGUCCAAGGCGCCAACUGGAAAUGUCCAGGAAUACGAGGGUGAUGGUGACUGGUUCAAGAUCUACGAGGUGACUCUCUGUGACGAAAGUGGUGACCUGACCAAAGACGCUUGGUGCGCAUAUGGCAUGUCCCAAUUUGAGUUCCAGAUUCCUGCAGACACCCCUGCCGGCGAGUACCUCGUUCGCGCCGAGCAUGUUGGUCUUCAUGGUGCUCAGAACGAUGAGGCCGAGUUCUUCUACAGCUGCGCCCAAGUCAAGGUCUCUGGCUCCGGCUCCGGCACUCCUUCCACGACUUACCAGAUUCCUGGUCUCUACACUGAGUCUAUGGAGCUCUUCAACGGCCUCAACCUUUGGGUCGACGACGCCAGCCAGAUCGAGGCUGACAUUGCUCUUACCCCCAUCGGAGAUGAUGUAUUUGGUAGCUCAUCCUCUACCUCGUCGACCUCUGCAGUUGCAGCUUCCUCUGACACGACCAGCUCGGUCGCAGUUAGCUCAUCUGCUGUCGCGAGCUCUGGAUGCAAGUCUUCGAAGCACUAG